AUUACUUUCUAAAUAUUAUUUUAACUUAAAUUUCAAACUCAACUAACAUCUAAUUAUACACUUUUUCUAACUUAACUCUUGUUAACAACAAAAUUUGAUUUUGAGCAUAAAUUUUUGUAUCCAAACAACGCAUAGCGACGCGCCGUAGCAACAAAAAGCAGGUCAAACAAUAGGCCAUUGAUGGAACAACAUAUGGCCUCAAAUUGUACGGAAUUCAAACCACAUUUAAAAAACUUCAAAACACAUUUUCCGACAGUUUGUCAAACCUGAAUCUUUGAAGGCUUUCUCCGAAUAGAGAGCUCUGUAAUGAAAUGGACGCCAUUAGAAAGCAGGCCACCAAGCUCAGAGAACAAGUCGCCAAGCAACAGCAAGCUGUUCUCAAACACUUUGUUGGGGGAAUUGGUGGCUCAGACAAUAUUGCAUCCGAUGAAUUUGAACUCCAACAGCAUCAAAGAUUAGAGAAGCUUUACAUAUCUACUCGUGCUGCCAAGCACUUUCAAAGAGACAUUGUCCGAGGCAUUGAAGGUUAUAUUGUCACUGGAAACAAACAAGUUGAGAUUGGUACAAAGUUGUCCGACGAUAGUCGGAAAUAUGGCUGUGAAAACACAUGCACCAGUGGGAAUAGUUUGUCCAAGGUGGCACUAAGUUAUAGUAGGAGCCGUGCUCAAAUUGAAAAAGAACGUGACAAUAUGCUAAAAUUGUUUCGAACUCAGGUUACAGAGCCUUUAAGGGCGAUGAUUGUGGGCUCCCCACUAGAAGAUGCUCGGCAUCUUGCGCAAAAAUACGAUAGAGUGAGACAAGAAACUGAAUCUCAGGUCAUUGAUGUCGCUCGAUGCCAAGCUAGAGUUAGGGAGACAAACGUUAAUCCAGAGAAUAUAUCAAAGCUGGAAGCUUCCGAAAUGAAGCUUCACGAGCUUAAAUCAAAUAUGGCUACACUCGGUAAAGAAGCAGCCUCUGCAAUGGCUGCUGUUGAAGGUCAACAGCAGAGGUUGACUCUACAGAGAUUAAUAGCCAUGGUUGAAGCCGAGAGAACUUAUCAUCAACGUGUACUUGAGAUACUCAAUCAGCUAGAAGCUGAGAUGUUAUCCGAACGUCAAAACAAUGAAACUCCACAUGUGGUGGCUGCUGAUAGCACAAAGCCUCCACCUUACAAUUUGUCUGAAAACUUUGUCUCUCAAACGUUCGACAGGUCAACUGAUGGCAUGGGUUACUUCCUGGGGGAGGUCAUUCAUGCUUACCAAGCUGAGUCUGAUGUGGAGCUGACUUUAUCUCUUGGCGACUAUGUUGUUGUCCGAAAGGAAGAAUUGCGUUUUUGGUCCAUUGAAGAACUAUUUAUCGAGCUUUUCAUUGUUAGUCAACAUUGGGAUUCGUCAGUUCAGUUUUCUCCUGGAAGGACAUUCUUAUAA